AUGGCGACAAACGGCGAGUCUUCUGAUGCGAACCCGUCCGCAGGUGGCGGGAGCAGUUCUGGUCAGGACCGUAAGCAGCGCUUCGGAGGCUCUCGAGUCACCAGCAACAACCAGCGCAAGACGGGCCGUGGCGGCAAGUCGUCGGAUGGCAAGCGCGGCGAGAAGCGCGAGGGUAACAGCGACUGGCGCGAAUACAAGAGACGCAAGGUAGAUUCCGCGGGCGAGGUCAUCGAGGCCAAGAACCCCUUCUCCAAAGACGAGAUUGCGGCCGAGGAGCGACGCCCGAAGCGCAAGGUGGCCGUCAUGAUUGGCUACAGCGGCACGGGGUACAAGGGCAUGCAGGUCAACGGCGACGAGCCCACCAUUGAGAGGGACCUGUUCCGCGCCUUUAUCAAGGCUGGCGCUAUUUCAAAAGCCAACGCUGAUGACCCCCGAAAGUCGAGCCUCGCCCGGUGCGCCCGCACGGAUAAAGGUGUCCACGCUGCCGGCAACGUCAUCAGCCUCAAACUUAUCAUCGAAGAGGACGAUAUUGUGGACAAGAUCAACGAGGCGCUGCCGGAGCAGAUUCGCAUUUGGGGCAUCCAGCGCACCAACAACAGCUUCAACUGCUACCAGUACUGCGACUCGCGCUUCUACGAGUACCUGCUGCCCAGCUACUGUCUGCUGCCCCCCCAUCCACAGACGUUCCUUGGCCAGAAGCUGGUGGAGCUGAACAAGGAGUACGGUUACGAGGAGCAGUACAACACCCACAUGGCCGAUGUCGAAGGGUUUUGGGCCGACGUCGAGGAGAAUGCGAUCAAGCCGAUCCUCGCGAAGCUGGACCCCGAGGUACGCGCCGCCGUAUUGGAGCGCAUCCACUCGAUGGAUGACCCCGAAGCCGCAAAGGACGAGGCAACCAAGGAAGAGACCAAGACCAAGACCGACGAGCCCGCAGCUCCAGAAGCUCCUGUCGCGGAUACCGAACCGAAGCCAGCCACCGAAAACCCCGUCGUCCUGCCCAGCACCAAGCCCAAGGGGCGUGAACUAGGCCCCGUCGACUUUGCCCUGCGCGACAUCAAAGCCGCCUACAUCAACGCCAAGCGCAACUACCGCAUCACGCCGGCGCGCCGCGAGCGCCUGCAGGCGGCGCUCAACAAGUACACGGGCACGCGCAACUUUCACAACUACACGGUGCAAAAGGCCUACGGCGACCCGUCGGCCAAGCGCACCAUCAAGUCGUUCCGCGUGAACCCGACGCCGGUCCUCAUCAACAACACCGAGUGGCUUUCGCUCAAGGUGCACGGGCAGAGCUUCAUGAUGCACCAGAUCCGCAAAAUGGUUGGCCUGGUCAGCCUGAUGGUGCGCUGCGGCACGCCGCUGGAGCGCAUGGACGAGAGCUACUGCAACAACAAGAUGGCGAUUCCCAAGGCGCCCGGCCUCGGCCUGCUGCUGGAGCACCCCGUGUUUACAAACUACAACCGCCGCGCGACGGACAACCUGGGCCGCCCCGAGAUUGACUUUGACAAGUACGAGGAGAAGAUGGGCGCGUUCAAGGACAAGGAGAUUUACCAGCGCAUCUUUGACGUGGAGGAAAAGGAGAAUUCCUUCCACGCCUUUUUUAACCAAAUCGACCAGUUCAAGGCGAACCACUUCCUGUGGCUGACUGCGGGCGGUCUCAAGGUGGCCGAGAUUGCCAACAGGGACGGCGGCAAGGGGGAGACUGUGGACAAGCAGCUGGGCGAUGAGGAUGAGGAGGAUCCUGAUGGCGGCCAGGGCUAG